CCCAAAGCCAGUUUUGCACAGGUGGCCUUUCCCUUGCUUCCAAUUCUCUUGUCGACCACGCUUUGUCGAAUUGAGAGGAAUUGUGCUAAAACGUUUGAACAGCAGCUUUGUCAUUCUGCAGGUUCGCCAGCUCGGCUCUGAAUCGCUUGCUUCUGAGCAGCCGACCUUUCCAGUGUGUCAGUCGAAUUGCCAAGAUGCUGCAUCUUGGUUGCGAGGUAUGCAGAAAAGCGCGGUGCUCGCAUGCCUUGCGGCUUCCAGGAAGCGGCACAGGCAAGCCCGAGUGGCACAGCGCGGCAGAGGCUUUGGAGGGGAUGCUAUCAGCUCAUCUCGCCGAAGCCCGCAAAUUAGCCCGGCCAAACCCACGACUGAGGACUUUGCAAGGUCUGAGUCGGAGGUUGCCAAGUUCAAGCAGGAGGUAAUGGGCUCCAUGGACGAAUGGUGUGACGACUUGAUCGAGGGCCUUCGAGAUCGGGGGUGGUGGGCUUCCUCUGAGCCAGUGCUUCCUCUGGGCAUGCGAAGCUCCAUGCGACAGGAGGUAGAGACCUUAUGGAAGGAAGGCCAAUUCAUUCAGUCCCAGUCGGUUCUUGGUGGAACUGUGUACUAUGACAAGAAGCACGUCUUCGCCACAGAGGUGACCAGCGAGAGGUAUCUUCUCUGCCCUCGCAUGUGGCACUACACGGUGGCCGUGACGCAGGAACUUGUCAGACGAGUCAACUUGGCAUUCCCUUCAAUGGGUCUUUCCGACAAGUUCAUUGGCAACAAGCUCAAUAUGAGUGUGGGCAAGGGGGCUGCUUUCGAUCCUCACUUGGACGUCGGAGUCGCAGAGAAACCGUUCGAUCGAAAAUUGUCGCUGCUUAUGUACCUGAAUGACUCCUGGAGGCCAGCCCUCGGCGGGGAGAUUGUUCUACUUGGCGAAGGACAAACAGAGGCAGAGGCAGCAAGAGCCAACCCUGAAAAUCUGGGCCUUCCUGUGACACUUCCGCCAACAAGUGGCAGGUUGGUGGCCUUUUGGUCUGACCGCAUUCUGCACAAGGUGCAGGCUUCUGAAGUUCUGAACGGCAUCAAAGACUACCGCUGCUCCUAUGUGAUUUGGCUUCUUGGUCAAGGAGACAACUCACCCAGCCAAAGCAGCGAUGGACAAGCUGAAUCGGCGCCGUCGUGGGCUCUUUGAUUUAAUGAGCAG